AUUGCGAGUCAGAGGGUUGACCUCUUCCAGAGUCGCAUUCAAAAAUUUUUAACUGAAAAAACCUAAUGAAAAUCCUUUGAACGAUAUAUUUAUCUUCAAUUUGAAUUCAGAAUCCUUCUCAAUACUACUUAAAAGGGGGAAAUUUAAUGAAUAAGUUUUAUGAAAGGAAUAAGCGCUUAUGAAUGCUAGAACAAGUGUAUGAAUGUGUUUACACAAAGUAUCAGCUGUUUACUUCUCCUCUCCCCCUGCCCCCCCGCCCCAUUCGCGCCGUCGCUGCACACCACAAGUGCCACUCGUGCAGCUCUCAGUGUAUAUUAUUGAAAAAAUAUUCUCUUGAUAAAAACACAGCAAUUGUUGUAAUAUUUCGGUGAAAAUCAUUGUUUGUCUAAUCAAUUGCCGCAAUCAUGUCGAAUCACUCUCUCAUAAUAAAAUCCGGCUUCCUACGAGCCCCACUAGCCAACGGAGUGGGUCGUUACAUCGGACAAUUACAACGAAUAACUCUGAAAUUCUGCAAAAAUCAUGGGGCCAGUCGCGGUAUGAGAGAUUUCCUGGAGAAUGAUCUCCUCGAUUUUGCAAAGGAAAAUCCUGGUGUUGUGGUGUAUGUCAAGCCGAGGAGACAUCGAGGUCCAGUAAUUGUUGGAGAAUAUCUUAAUGGAGAGAGACACUGGGUGAGCGUGGCGAACUUCCCAAAGGAAGACAUUAUCAAGUGGAUUGAACUCCUGAGAACACAAUCGAAAGAUGGAUCACUAAUGAGGUUACGAAAGAUGUUCCACACAGAGUUCCCAUCGAUUCAGGGACCGUGGACCCCCUUCACCUUCAGAAACCCAAUGUGGAACAUUACGAAAUUCCCCGAUAGUAUCAUUGGAAACGUAGUAGUCGAGGAGCAGACCGCAACAGAAAAAUUAUUGCAAAUCUUUAAAGCCCAGCAGGAAUCCAAAAAAUUGACCCAAAUUGAGGCAAAACAAUCAUCCUCCUAAAAUUAAUCACAUAGUGUACAUAGGAUCAUAAAUAAAGCGUGCAUUACUUCAAAUGUA